AUGAAUGAAGAACACAGUGAUGUAGCAAAUGGGUGCAGCAAAGUUCGAACUGGUACUCAGAAUGAGGCUGCCUUAUUGGCUCUUAUGGAAAAGACUGGCUACAACAUGGUUCAAGAAAAUGGUCAACGAAAAUUUGGUGGGCCUCCACCAGGUUGGGAAGGCCCACCACCACCUCGAGGCUGUGAAGUUUUUGUGGGAAAGAUUCCUCGUGAUAUGUAUGAAGAUGAACUGGUUCCUGUGUUUGAAAGAGCAGGGAAGAUCUAUGAAUUCAGACUGAUGAUGGAAUUUAGUGGUGAGAAUCGGGGAUAUGCAUUUGUAAUGUAUACAACCAAAGAAGAAGCUCAGCUUGCCAUCAGGAUCCUUAAUAAUUAUGAGAUUCGUCCUGGUAAAUUUAUUGGUGUUUGUGUAAGCUUGGAUAACUGCAGACUAUUUAUUGGAGCUAUUCCCAAAGAAAAGAAAAAAGAGGAGAUCUUGGAUGAAAUGAAAAAAGUCACUGAAGGUGUAGUAGAUGUUAUUGUGUAUCCAAGUGCAACAGACAAAACAAAGAAUCGUGGUUUUGCUUUUGUAGAAUAUGAAUCUCACCGAGCUGCAGCUAUGGCAAGGAGAAAAUUGAUUCCGGGAACAUUCCAAUUAUGGGGCCAUACUAUUCAGGUAGAUUGGGCAGACCCAGAAAAAGAAGUUGAUGAAGAAACUAUGCAGAGGGUCAAAGUGUUAUAUGUUAGAAACUUGAUGAUCUCUACUACAGAAGAAACAAUUAAAGCUGAAUUUAACAAAUUUAAGCCAGGAGCUGUUGAGCGAGUAAAAAAACUUCGAGAUUAUGCAUUUGUUCAUUUUUUCAAUCGAGAUGAUGCAGUUGCUGCUAUGUCAGUUAUGAAUGGGAAAUGUAUUGAUGGAGCCAGCAUUGAGGUAACACUGGCAAAACCAGUAAACAAAGAGGGCACCUGGAGGCAGCAUCUUAAUGGCCAGAUUAGUCCCAAUUCUGAAAAUCUUUUAGUCUUUGCAAACAAAGAAGAUGGUCAUCAGAAAUCUCUAGCAAAACCAGCAAGUCUUCCAAUCCGAAUUAAUGGGCAGCACAGUCCAAAUCCACCUGAAAUUGAAAGGUGUACUUAUCCAUUUUUCCCAGGGACAAAACUUACUCCAAUUAGCAUGUAUUCAUUAAAAUCUAGCCAUUUUAGUUCUGCAGUAAUGCAAUUAGAUUAUUAUUGCAACAAAAAUAACUGGGCGCCUCCAGAAUAUUACUUGUACUCCACUACAAGUCAAGAUGGAAAAAUACUGCUUGUGUAUAAGGCUGUUAUUCCUGCUGUUGCAAAUGGAUCCCAGAGUUAUUUUAUGCCAGACAAACUCUGUACAACUGUAGAAGAUGCUAAAGAAUUAGCAGCACAGUUUGCAUUGUUACACUUGGAUUAUAAUUUCCGUCGAAGUUCAGUAAACAGUAUUUCUCCUGUUAGUGCUACACUCUCUUCAGGGACAACAAGUGUGCUACCGUAUACAUCAAGGCCUUAUUCUUAUCCAAGUUACCCUUUGUCACCAACAGUUCCACUUGCUAAUAGCAACCAUGUUGGACAGCGUCUAUAUAUUUCCAAUCAGGCCUCAUUCUUUUGA